AAAGCUGGCUAUUACAUAUGGUAAGGGAGUCACUGCUUCCCCUGCUGAUAAGUCUUGGCUCUGAGACUACAGAGAGAGCGGUGCUGCUGUGUCUCAGUCAGAGACAGGAAUCUUAUUGUGCUGCAGUCUCACUGACAGAUAUGAAGCACUCACUGCUCUUGCCUCUCCUCCUCCUCCUCUUCAUCCUCCAGUUCUUCCCAGGGAACUGUGAAGUUGAGGAAACAACAACGUUCUAUUAUCAGUCAUCAGAUUUUUACGAUGACUUUGAAAUCAUAUACCACGUACCUAAUUCCGGUACAUCAAUAACGCCUGGGUACCUGCCAUUUGCAACACUGAUUCUCUAUUUCACUUGGAUGGUGUGGCAUCAAGUUUUCCCAGUUGGACGCUAGAAGGGGGGUUCAAGGAAAUGACAAAGCGAUUACAAUUGGGAUAAUCUCCUUCUAAUCAGGAAAGGCUCCAUUCUCUGGCUACUCAGUGAUCGAUUGGUUCAGGGAAGUCCAAGCAAGUCAAAUCAAAUUCACGUGCAAAACGUUCACACAAGGAAUGGCUUAUAAAACUGGUGUAUUCUCCUAACAUUCAACACUGUUGAAACCUUUAUGAAACAAUCACUUGUAUUCGAUGAUCAGAUUUUGACCAGUAAGAUGGGCCUUGGAUUAUUCCAACUCCUAUUGGCUGCCUGGUGUUCUUUAACCCCCCCACCUGUUCUUUGCAUCUUUGCCAUCAACAAUUCCCAUCAGGCUGACUAUUCCUUGCCUUGGCCACGCGCAACCUUGUCACUGACGCUGUGAUGGUUUUUGCCUUCACCACCAUAAGCAUUUUUCAUUUAUAGAGGGAAAUAAAGUGGCAGUUAGCAAUA